GAUGGUCAACAAGAAGUCAAAGUCUGCGGCAAAGAAGCGGCAGGCAGCAGCCACGGCAGCAGGUUCGCCUUCAGCUUCAGCCUCCAUGCCGAACGGUGCUACUGACAGCCGGAACGGCUCAACAGCGUCGGGCUCGAGCUCGCCAAAACCGCCACCGACACCCCCGUUGGCGGAUCCGCCGACGCCUACUCCAGAACCAGAGCCAGAAGACAUCGUGAAGCGAGCGGAGAAUGUGAAGGAGCAGGGGAACACCGCGUUCAAAGCCGCGAGAUAUACCGAGGCAGUCGACCUGUACACCAAGGCCAUCGAGCUUAACCCACUCGAACCAGCCUAUCUGACGAACCGAGCAGCGGCGUACAUGGCGCUGAAGCGAUUCAGACCAGCACUGGAGGACUGUCAAGUGGCCGCCUCGCUGCAGUCCGCGGCGCCGUCGCCCAAGACACUGCUGCGCCUCGCCCGAUGCCAGCUGGCCCUAGGGUCCUCGACACCAGCGCUGUCGACGAUCCGGAGCAUCCUCGCGAUCGAGCCAAAGAAUGUACCCGCGAUCCAGCUGCGCGAGAAAGUGCAGGUGCUGGAGAACCACGUCCGCAACUUUGAGGCUGCACGGCAAAAGAAGGACUGGGGGCUUGCCCGACUCGCGCUGGACAAGUGCCUGCAGGCGAUCGAGGGUGAGGGCGGCGAUGUGCCACCCGAGUGGCGGUAUUGGCGGGUUGAACUCGAGCUGUCGAGAGGGAACUGGGAGGCCGCGAACAUGGCUGCAAGCGAUGCGAUGCGAUUGAACCCCAUUUCUCCGGAUGCCCUGACGCUGCGUGGUCUUGUGCUAUUCCUCAGCGGGCGUCUGCCACAAGCGCUGCAGCAUGUGACAUCCGCAUUGCGGCUAGAUCCUGGGCACGAGCCAGCUCAAAAACUGAGGAAACGUGUUAAAGACGUAGAGAAACUGAAGGAGGAUGGCAACGUUGCGUUCAAGGCCGGCAGGCUAGAGGAGGCAGUAGAUAAGUACACCGAGUGUCUAGAGCGCAUAGGCGAACUUGAGGAAGAAGGCAAGGGUGGGCAGAUCCGUGCCACCCUGCUGUCUAACCGUGCUACCACCCUACUCAAACUCGACCGACACGAAGACGCCCUCGUUGACACUGACGCAUCGAUCGCUCUCUCCCCUAAUUCCUUCAAAGCCCUCCGCACCCGCGCACGCAUCAAUCUCCACCUCGAGAAAUACGAUUCCUCGAUCGCCGACUUCAAGAGUGCGAUCGAGCAGGCACAGACGGACGGAGGGGCCACCGAAGGUGACGUGCGCGCGUUAAAGGGUGAGCUGAAGAAGGCGGAAGCAGCGCUGAAGAGAAGCAAGACGAAGGAUUACUACAAGAUUCUCGGUGUCUCGAGGGAUUGUUCGGAGAUUGAGAUUAAGAAAGCAUACAGAAGAGAGAGCUUGAAGCACCAUCCUGAUAAGGGUGGAGAUGAGGAAAAGUUCAAGCUUGUUGUGGAGGCACACUCUGUCCUCUCCGACUCUCGGCGGCGCGAGCGGUACGACCUGGGCGAGGACGAAGACGGCAUGAACGACGGCGGAGGCGGAAACCCCUUCGGCGGAGGCAUGGGUGGUAUGAGCCCGAUGGACCUUGAGGAGAUCUUCGCCUCCUUCGGCGGUGCGGGUGGAGGUCGAUUUGGCGGUGGUGGAGGCGGCUUCGGCGGUUUCAGCGGUGGUGGUUUUGCCGGUGCCAGCGGGGGUGGUCGGAGAGGACACUCGCAUGGCUUCCCGUUCUA